AUGGCGCCGCCCAAGAUCGGCCGGAAGAAAGAAGGCCUAAAGCAGUUCCUGGAUCGAGUUGAAGAAACCGACGAUCCUGAGUUCAUAGCGCUUUGCGAAGAGUCCAAGAAAUUCGAUGAGCUUGCGCGUGAUUUUCGACGGGCUUCUCCGUCCACCAAGCUGGAACAAGACCGACAAACCACUGGAAACGAUGCCCGAGUCGGUAUCUGGGAAAUCCUUCAGAUGAUAGAUUUCGAUAUGAACCAAACCCCGUGCAUUGCACUUGCCGAGUGCCAUCAUCUUGCCUGGGUCCUCGGUCGGCUAGCAGCUCUACCCCCCGGCUCUUUAGGACCUCCCCAGCACGUUCACCCGAAGGAUCACCUCCCGUUUAUCGCCUGGAGGGACUGUGAGAUCGAGAGAGCCAAUGUCGAAGGAAAGUUCUCGGUUCGACUCACGAUUCGGAACGUCAAGACUGAUAUGAUGAAUUCACACCCUGGGGAGUUUCUAUAUCUCUCAAAUCCUAUUGGCAAACAAACCUUCCAAAUGUCCGCCCCCCAUCGACUCUUGACAAUUGCCAUCCGACGAGGUGCUCUUGAUGGAAUUCAGACAAUCGAUGAGCUCUUCAAGAGGCGAAAUCGAUUCAUUACAAUCAAGAAAGAGUUCCUUGAUAAGCCGGUAUUUGUCGCAGGGACACAGCACGGCUUGGAUGUCGAUCUGGACAAACCGAUGGCAUCAGAGGCCUUCACCGACUACCUGCAACUCUGCGCAGAGAAAGAACUCUUAGAGAAAGUUAGACCCGAGCAAGCAAAGGAAAUGACGGCACAGGAUCCAAACUCAACUAUCGCAGAGGGUUCCUCCGCCUGCGAUCGAACGGAACUCUUGAACCUGACCUCCAUCGCUCUAGGCGAGGACCGAGCUCGGCAUGAUUACUUUAGAGACAUGCUCUCUGCGACCAAACUCAGCGACGAUAAUUACCGGAUGCUUUCACGGAUACUUAACGAACUCUUUGAACAGUUGCGCAAUAGUGACGACGAGUACCCCCAUAAUGAAGACUCUGCCUCUAAGCAGAACCGAGACCGAGUUCUUCAACGCGCUGCCUUCCAAAGUCUGAUGAAGGACCUUCGGGAGAAGCUAAUGCAAGAACUAACUGUUGAAGGCAUCCGAAUGAGCGAUCUGCAAUCGAUGAGCAACGAGUUCAACCGUCGCAUCAUAUCCCAGGCCAAGGCGUCUGUCGGCCCCCAAAAUUCCAAUUCCGACUUGAUGGAGGAAAAUUCCCUUGGCACUCUUGGAGUAGAGGAGGAUCCAACUACUGGUGGGAGCGAACGGGACGCAGAGGGCCAGUUUCAGGAGAGAAUCGAACACGACAAGGAAGCCCAAAUCCUUCCUGACGAGGUCCCCAUCGGAGAUGUCUUGGACCAGAUGGACUAUGCGACUGUAGCACGCUGUGCGAUAGAAAUCUGGCUAUCUGCUGGCACCGAGACUUCGAGUUGGGGCAGAAAGCAAGCCAAGAUGACCCCUUGCCCGCCAUGUCAGGCAGAUGAGACUGUUGACGACAAAACCAGGUCGAAGCACUACGAGGCAAGCAAUCUCAAGCGUCAUCUGGAUGGAGACUUUCACUCCAGAUUCAAGCAGUUCUCCCGGCGCGCCCAGAUGGUGGCAAAGGACGAGGGGCUUCCAGGUGUUCGAUGUGAGAUUUGUGUUGCAGUUGCACCUCCUGGUACUGUGAUUCCACUGUAUGCCACCGUGGCAACACUCGCUCGACAUAUCACCGACUCGGAAUUGACCAAGAUGCAAGCUAUCGAACGUGGGAAUGCAUGGUGGGCGAACGAAGAAGUCAUCGACCCGUCCACGGUCGGGCAACUUUUCAUUGCGCACGAUGCUCUGAAGCGUUCGUCAGGAUGGUACGACGAGGAUUUCCAGGUCGAUGCCAGUUCAUGGCAACCCGGGUCUUAGACUGGUUGGUGUUCGUUCUUGGGAUCUCGCCGAUGGGACGACUGUGGUGCUAGGGCCCCUCCAAUCUUCGAUACCACCAGUCGCCUACGUUUUACUGAGGCAGAAUCGAAAGUUUCCAUUCAGGUGCGAAGAAAGGCACGCUGAAGAAAAAUACGACCAAGCCGCGGCCGAUCGGUUUGUUGCCGAAAAUAGCGACUCCGUCAGGUUUGGUGGAAUGGCUGGAAGGACUGGUAACAAGCUGGAGGCGCCACGUCUCAUGUGGAACUAGUUGACGAGGAAAGGUGAAUGAAGGAAGAAUGGAUCGAUGGAUGGAAUGGUUGCGCUGCCUCUGAACGAGGCAAUCUUCCGGAAUGGACUCAUUUUGCUACAGACCGAUGUUCCUUUCUUGUGUUCGCUUUAAUAAGUUACAGUUG